AGCGCGCGAGACACUGAGGCGGCAGCGUUGGGGACGGCUGCGCUGAUCGGCGCUGUGGGAAGGAACUUGGUUCCCCCUCCCUCAUCUCCCCCCGGAAAGAUUCAAAAUGGAUAGUAUAGAAGAACCUCAGAAAAAAGUCUUUAAGGCCCGAAAAACAAUGAGAGUGAGUGAUCGUCAACAACUGGAAGCAGUGUACAAGGUCAAAGAAGAACUGUUGAAAACAGAUGUCAAGCUCUUAAACGGCAGUCAUGAAAAUGGAGAUUUGGACUCAACUUUACCUUUGGAAAAUAUGGAUUAUAUUAAUGACAAGGAUGAGGUGAAUGGCAUUGAAGAACUUUGUUUUAAUCCUGAAAAAAGUAAAUCAGAAUGGAAAGAAACACCUUGUACCUUAAAUGUUAAUGUAAAAAACAAGCCAGAUGAUAAUUUAAAGUAUGAACCUUUGUCUCCCAGUAAUAUAACUCCUGAACCAACCUCUAAAGUGACCACUGAACUAGCUUCUGGUGAUCAACCUUCAGGUGAUCUGGCUAUUGGAGAUACGCUGGUCUCUGGAGAUCUGGCCUCUGAACUAUUAACCCCUGGUGAUUCCACCUCUGGUGAUUUCACCUCUGGUGAUCUUGCAUCUGGUAAUCCCACCUCUGGUGAUCGGGUCUCUUGUGAUCCAGUAUCUUGUGAGCCGGUUUCUGGUGAGCCAGUUUCUGGUGAGCCAGUCUCUGGUGAGCUGAUGUCAGGUGAACCUGUCUCUGAUGAACUGAUCUCCAGUGAACCAGUCCCUGGUGAACUGGUCUCCAGUGAACCAGUCACCAGUGAUCCAGCCUCUGAUAAUCUGGCCUCUGAUGAUCUGGCCUCUGGAAUACUGGCCUCUGAUGAUCCAGCCUCUGAUGAUCUGGCUUCUGGUCAGCCAGCCUGUGGUGAUCUUACCUCUGGUGAUCCGGUCUCUGGUGAUCCGGCCUCUGGUGAUCUGGUCUCUGAUGAACUGACUGCUGAUAAACCAACUUCUGAAUUAGCCUUUGAUCCUACCUUUGAACCAAGCUCUGUACCAGUUUGUGAGCCAGUUCCUGACACUGAUAAUACAGAACCUAGUAGCAAUAAAGGUGAUGAUUUUCUUGAGAAAAAUGGAGAUGAUGAAAAGUUAGAUGAAAUUUUCUCAUUUGAUGAGAAAAAUAAAGCAGAUAGUAAUAUUGAUGCUGAUGAAGAAACUCUAGAAGCACAGGAUACAAUUAUUUGUUCGGCUCUACCUCCUGAAAAUGAAAAGAAGGUAGAGGAAGAUUCUGUCCCAGAACCUGCUCUUGGAGAGGAGGCUAUAUCUAGCAGUAUGGAAAUUGACCAAAGUGAAAAGAAUGAAGAUGAGAAUUCUACAGACCUUGCAGAAACCAUUAGUGAAAAUGUUAUAAAAGAUGACAAAAAUGAGGAUAUCUUAGAAAAUACAGAUUCUAUGGAGACAGAUGAAAUUAUUCCUAUUUUGGAAAAGCUUGCACCUGCUGAAGAUGAACUUACUUGCUUUUCUAAAACUUGUCUCCUUCCAAUUGAUGAAACAAAUCCAGAUUUGGAAGAGAAGAUGGAAGGUUCUUUUGGUUCACCAUCUAAACAAGAAAGUAGUGAGAGUUUACCAAAAGAAGCCUUUUUGGUCCUCUCUGAUGAGGAGGAUAUUUCAGGUGAAAAAGAUGAGCCACAAGUUGUAUCACAAAAUGAGACAUGCUCUCCAGAGGUAGAAAAUAAUGACAGGGACAGAAAACCAGAGGAAGAAGAACAAGCAAUACAUGAAAAUGAAAGACCUAAGAAAAUUGAAUUUUCCAGAAGAAAACGUUCUAAAUCCGAGGACAUGGACAAUGUACAGUCUAAACGUCGUCGAUAUGUGGAAGAAGAAUAUGAGGCAGAAUUUCAAGUAAAGAUUACAGCCAAAGGAGAUAUUAAUCAGAAGCUACAAAAGGUUGUACAGUGGUUGCUGGAAGAAAAAUUGUGUGCGCUACAAUGUGCUGUAUUUGAUAAGACUUUGGCAGAAUUGAAAACACGAGUGGAAAAGAUUGAAUGUAACAAGAGGCAUAAAACAGUUCUUACCGAAUUACAGGCCAAGAUAGCCAGGUUGACAAAACGCGUUGGAGCAGCUCAAGAAGAUCUUAAGAAAAGACAAGAAAAUCCACCAAACCCACCUGUACCUGUAUCACCUGGAAAGUCUGUAGUUGAUGUCAACAGUAAUAACAACGUGCCCUACAGAAAUACAGGUACAGUGAGACAGUUGCUGGAAUCCAAAAGAAAUGUAAGCGAGAGUACACCGCCAUCCUUUCAAACCCCUGUGAAUACAGUGUCUUCAACCAAUCUUGUCACUCCUCCAACAGUUGUCAGUAGUCAACCUAAAUUGCAGACUCCAGUGACUUCGGGUUCUCUGACAGCAACAUCAAUUCUUCCUACACCCAACACAGCUACAGUAGUUGCCACUACUCAGGUGCCUAGUGGAAAUCCCCAACCUACAAUCUCUUUACAGUCAUUACCAGUGAUUUUGCAUGUACCUGUUGCGGUAUCCUCCCAGCCUCAACUCCUACAGAGUCAUCCAGGGACUUUAGUGACUAAUCAACCAUCUGGCAAUGUUGAAUUCAUUUCUGUCCAGAGCCCACCUACAGUGAGUGGUCUUACCAAAAAUCCAGUAUCCUUGCCGUCCUUGCCAAACCCCACUAAACCAAACAACGUUCCUUCUGUGCCCACUUCAAGUAUUCAAAGGAACUCUCCUGCCAGUGCUGCACCAUUAGGAACAACACUUGCUGUACAGGCUGUUCCAACAGCACACUCUAUUGUACAAGCCACAAGGACUUCUUUACCCACAGUAGGCCCAUCAGGACUUUACAGUCCAUCAAAUAAUCGAGGUCCUAUACAGAUGAAAAUUCCAAUUUCUGCUUUUAGUACUUCGUCUCCUGCAGAACAGAGCAGCACUACAACCCCAAGAAUUGAAAACCAAACAAACAAAACAACAGAUGCUUCUGUUAAUAAGAAAGCAGCUGAUAGCACAUCACAGAGUGGAAAAGCCACAGGCAGUGAUUCAAGUGGUGUCAUUGAUCUCACAAUGGAUGAUGAAGAGAGUGGAACUUCACAAGACACUAAAAAGCUAAAUCACACUCCUGUGUCAGCCAUGGGUUCUUCUCAGCCUGUCUCUCGACCGUUGCAACCUAUCCAGCCAGCACCGCCUCUUCAACCAUCUGGGGUGCCAACAAGUGGACCAUCUCAGACAACAAUACACUUACUACCUACAGCUCCCACUACCGUGAAUGUAACACAUCGUCCAGCAACUCAGGUGACCACGAGACUUCCUGUACCAAGAGCUCCUGCAAACCAGGUGGUUUAUACAACUCUUCCUGCACCACCAACUCAGGCUCCCUUGCGAGGAACUGUUAUGCAGGCUCCUGCUGUUCGGCAGGUCAAUCCCCAAAAUAGUGUCACAGUUCGAGUGCCUCAAGCAGCUACAUAUGUUGUAAACAAUGGACUAGCCCUGGGAUCCACAGGGCCUCAGCUCACAGUGCAUCAUCGUCCACCACAAGUGCACACUGAGCCCCCACGCCCUGUGCACCCAGCACCCUUACCAGAAGCCCCACAACCACAGCGUCUGCCCCCAGAAGCUGCCAGCACAUCUCUGCCUCAGAAGCCACACUUGAAGUUAGCACGAGUUCAGAGUCAAAAUGGCAUUGUACUGUCAUGGAGUGUCCUGGAGGUGGAUCGAACCUGUGCCACUGUUGACAGCUACCAUCUCUAUGCUUACCAUGAGGAACCCAGUGCCACUGUACCCUCACAAUGGAAAAAGAUUGGAGAGGUAAAGGCACUUCCUUUGCCUAUGGCAUGCACUCUCACCCAGUUUGUAUCUGGCAGCAAAUACUACUUUGCAGUACGGGCCAAGGAUAUUUAUGGACGUUUUGGACCUUUCUGCGAUCCUCAGUCAACGGAUGUGAUUUCUUCUUCCCAGAGCAGUUAAACCUUGGAGCCUUUAUUGAUUCCUCUUUUAAAAGUUCCACUUUUUGGUCUUGUUUUAAUCUUGUGCAUGAUACCCAUUGUAAAAUCUACAUUGUGCAAGAUUUCUUGGACAAUUAUGUAUAUACACUACAUUUGUUUAUAAUCAGAGAGUAAAAUAAACUCAGCCCAUAAAGCAAGAACCUUUUCCUGAACAAUUCAAGCUUCAAGGUUUUGAAAUGUAAAUGUGCACCUUCCUUUUAGUCUUGAGGCUGGGGAAUAUGUGUGGAUGUUUGUGUGGGUUUUUUUCCUCCUAUUUAUAUGUUUAUUGCAGUGGAAUCUCCUGUUUUCACUCUCAAGUUUACCUCUCUUCUAGUAUAAAGUAGAGCAAAGCAUCUGAGGUAUGUAACUGGCAUGAUUCUGUUCUACGUGAUCUGUAGGUGCAUAGUUAAAAGAUUUAAACAGAAUCUAAACAAGAUCCAAAGGAA